CAACUAUCUAGCUUGAAGUUCCACUGAACUCGAUCUGCGCUGAGGCUGAGCAAUGGGGCGAAGGCUGCAAUGGUGCUGCACCAUUGACAGAUUCCUCGCAGCUUAUCAACAACGAUGUGGCUUGUGCCUCUUUCAGAUCUUAGUUACCUAGCGCUUCUACCGUGGAGGAUCUCAGCGUGCAACACAACACAAAUGCUGCACCUUUCAUAUCAAUGGGCUCAGCUUAUCCACACAACUUCCCGCUUUGCUGAGAACUGCAGUUCAGCCACCACCACCUGGAAUCUAACAUCGCUGGUUCCAGGGCAAAGUGGCACCUUUUGGCAGCUGCCCUUCAUGACUCCUGGACACAUGCCGUCCAGGGGAAUCCCAAGCUUGACAAGUUUCUGCUCAGGCAAUAUACUGCAUGAAAACUAGGUGGAAUCAAAGAGUGCCGCUCUGGUCCUCGAACCAGUGGUGGCAAUUGACCUUUUAACUCUAUGAAUAUGCUGCUGAAUCGGUGGGCUAGGGCUGAUUUGAAUGUCGUCUGAGCGGUCUCAGCUUCCUUCUUGAGCACCAUAAUUCAGACAAAUAGUACGCUCACGCUGUACCCCCAAGGGUGUCUUCAUGCUAAAUAUCUGCAACGCCGUCAAAGGAAAGAGCUUUUUGGGCUUUGCCGGCUCUUUGGAUAGCCAUUUUCAGUGUGAGGGUGACAAGACAUCUACUCUAUCAGGGCCAAAGACAGCCCUGCCCCUGAGGAUGAUCACUCCUGUUAUCGCCUUGACAACGUGAGCCUCCAACUGUUUAUAGCAUCAAGUAUAAUCUCAGCAAGGUAUCGCCUGUCCCCCUUUCGCCCAUCCUAUGGCAGCACUUUCUCCAACAGACUUUGCACGAGGGGCCCGGUACUUUGUUGAUGUUUGGAACACCUUCCGAGAUGAGCAGGCAGAGUGGGUGGAGUUCCCCCUGGAUGUGGCGGCUGUGCAUCAGGUCAGUGGUUACGUCGCCCUGUCGAACAUUCCAGCAAUGAGCGCAACACCGUCAGAGAUCGCCGCUGAAUCAUCCAUGCUUACUGGUCUUGAAGAGCCCUUAGAUGAGCUUGAUGAAGACACAGCCACCCUGGUGUUUCCCAGCACCGCAGCAGCGCACACGUACGACUUCCAUAUGGUGUACAGCCCAGCGUACCGAGUACCGUUUCUGCUUCUGAGGGGGCAAAGACUGGAUGGUACGCUGCUGACAGAGGAAGAGAUGGCUGCUGACCUUCCGGCUCAGACAGCGGAACUUGUGAACGAUGGCAGAAAGUGGCUGUUUCUGACCCGCCAGGAUCACCCCUAUCUAAACCAGCCCUGGUCGGCUCUUCAUCCUUGCGAAACCGCUCAGAUGAUGAAACUUUUGAUGGGCCAAGAGUCCAUACAGACAAGCGGAGAGAACGAAGAGAAGACGAAGUCUGGUGAGAUAAGAGCAGCAAAGUACUUCUUAGCAUGGUUCAGCGUUGCCGGUCCAGUCGUAGGGCUCACCUUGCCUCUCGACGCCUAUCGUUUCCAACUGUGAUCGAUUGGAGCAAGAACGUGCAGAGAUGCUAUUACCGACGAGUAUCUCUUAGACCAAAAAAGAGUUUGGAUUCCAAGUACGUUGCUUCGGAUCUCAAUAUUUUGAACUGUACGUACGGUAGUGCGCAGUUGGACAUGCAUCUUUGGGUGCAACGCGGGCGGCCGG